AAGGCAAAACUUUAUCUUUGGAGUAUAUAUAGGUGUUCAGAGAGAGCUUAUCAGAUUCAUCAGUACUUUUGCCAUGGAAAAACAGAUAGCCAUUAUCGGAGCUGGUGUUAGUGGUCUUCUUGCCUGUAAAUACUCUGUAUCUAAAGGCUUCAAUCCCAUAGUCUUUGAGUCCACAAGCAGCAUUGGAGGGGUGUGGACCAAAACUUUGGAAACCACGAAGCUCCAGACUCCAAAACCAGCCUAUCAGUUCUCAGAUUUCACAUGGCCAGACUCAGUCACAGAAGAUUUCCCUAACCAUCAUCAAGUCCUUGAUUACCUCCAAGCGUAUGCCCGCCAUUUUGAUCUGCUCAAGCACAUCAAGUUUGAGACCAAAGUUGUUGGGAUUGAAUAUGAAGGAGCUUCAGAUGAAGAGAUGCAAUCAUGGAGUCUGUGGAAUGGCAAUGGUGACCCCUUUGGCUCUCAAGGUAAAUGGAAGAUUGAAGUAGAAGAUACCAGCAGCCUUUCCACUCAGGUUUACCAUGUGGACUUUGUGAUUCUUUGUGUGGGAAGGUUUAGUGGAAUUCCAAAUAUUCCAGAAUUUCCUCCAACCAAGGGUCCUGAAGCAUUUCAAGGAAAGGUUAUACACUCCGUGGACUAUGCUGCCAUGGAUCUCAAAACUGCUACUGAAUUUGUCAAAGGAAAGCUAGUUACUGUUGUGGGAUUGCAGAAAUCUGCUCUUGAUGUUGCAAUGGAGUGCUCAACAGCAAAUGGUAUUGAACAUCCAUGCACAGUUUUAUACAAGACUGAACACUGGAAUGUCCCUGAUUACCUUCCCUGGGGUGUGCCUUUGGGUUACUUUUACCUUAAUCGGUUCUCCGAGCUUUUGGUUCAUAAGCCCGGAGAAGGGUUUCUGCAUAGUGUUUUAGCAACAAUUCUUGCACCUUUGAGGUGGGGGAUAGCGAAAUUCGUUGAAAGCUAUAUUAAGAGUAAGCUGAAAUUGGGCAAGUUUGGAAUGGUGCCUGAACAUAGCUUUGUUCAAGAUAUUAGUGCUUGUUUGAUCUCAACAGUGCCUGAAAAGUUCUAUGACAAAGUUGAAGAUGGAAGCAUCAUAUUGAAGAAGGCUCCAAAUUUCAGCUUCUGCAGAGAAGGAAUUGUGAUUGAUGGUGAGGAUACACCCAUCAAUACAGAUUUGGUCAUAUUGGCUACAGGAUAUAGGGGAGAUUCAAAGCUGAAAGACAUCUUUGUGAACCAAGUUUUCAAGGACUCCAUUGUUGGAUCCCCUAAAGCAGCAGUUCCCUUAUAUAGGGAAUGCAUUCAACCUCGGAUUCCACGACUAGCAGUAAUCGGAUACUCAGAGAGUGUUUCCAACUUGUUCACAUCAGAGAUGAGGUGCCGGUGGCUGGUCGAACUUCUUGAUGGCAAGUUUAAGCUACCAAGCAUACAAGAUAUGGAGAAAGAUGUCUCAAAAUGGGAUGAAUACUAUAAGCAAUCAUCAGGACCAUACUACAGAAGAUCAGGCAUAGGUACUCUUCACAUCUGGUACAGUGACCAAUUGUGUAAAGACAUGGGAUGGAACCCCAGGAGAAAGAAAGGAUUCUUUGCUGAGCUUUUCGAGCCUUAUGGACCCAUGGAUUAUGCAUCACAAUAAUUGUCCAUGUUACAACCAUGAAGUUUCCCAUUGUUGCAAUAAAAGCUAUAUUUCUUUCAAAUUGUUGCAAACCUCAUCAAAUUAUAGCUUGGGAUUGUCCAUUGCUCAACUAUCAAAGAUAUGGUGGAUUUAUAUUGACCAACUGUUCUGGGGUUGAAGAUAUUUCUUUG